AACAAACGGGUUAACUCAACGAAUCUCAAACACACACCGUAAAACACAACCACACUCUCGUUUCCUACUAAAGACAAAGAUCUCAGAUUCUCUCUCAAUUCUCACACAAACACAGAAACAUGGCAACAGCAACAACGACAUCUUCUUCAAGCAACGAACCAUUGUUGAAGAAGAAAAAGAAGCAAAGUUUGGGUUGGAUAGAAUGGUUAAGAGGAUGGUUCAAUUUAUUCUACGAAUUUCUAUUCCAACGAAUCACGGCAAGUCAUUUGCAUAAUCCUAUGCCGUUACCACCAAUCAAUGAUCUCACUUGUAUUGUUACUGGUUCUACUAGUGGCAUUGGUCUUGAAAUUGCAAGGCAAUUGGCAGAAUCAGGGGCACAUGUUGUUAUGGCUGUGAGGAACACAAAGCGGGCUAAUGAUUUGAUCCAGAAGUGGCAGAUUGAGUCUGAUGGAUUGGGAUUGGGUAUGGCACUGAAUGUCGAGGUGAUGGAGGUAGAUCUUCUCUCAUUGGAUUCUGUUGCAAGGUUUGCUGAAGCUUGGAAUGCACGUGCAACACCUUUGCACGCUCUCAUUAAUAACGCUGGCAUUUUUUCCAUUGGAGAACCACAAAAGUUUUCAAAAGAUGGUUAUGAAGAUCACUUGCAAGUGAAUCAUCUUGCUCCUGCUUUGCUUUCAAUACUUCUUUUGCCAUCCCUUAUUAGGGGCUCUCCUAGUCGAAUUGUGAAUGUGAACUCCAUUAUGCAUCAUGUUGGCUUUGUUGAUACUGAAGACAUGAAUCUCACAUCUGGAAAAAGAAAGUUUUCUAGUUUGGUUGGAUACUCAAGCAGCAAGUUAGCGCAGGUUAUGUUCAGCAGUGUUCUUUUUAAGCGUCUGCCUGCUGAAGCCGGUAUCAGUGUAUUAUGCGUAUCGCCUGGAAUUGUCCAGACCAAUGUUGCAAGGGAUCUUCCAAAAUCUGUUCAAACUGGAUAUCAUUUGAUACCUUACUUCAUCUUUAAUGCUCAAGAAGGUUCUAGGAGUACACUUUUUGCAGCAACUGAUCCUCAAGUUUCAGAGUAUUGUGAAUUGUUGAAAUCUGAUGAAUGGCCUGUUUGUCCGUAUAUUUCUCAUGAUUGUCGUCCUGCAAAUGCGUCAGAAGAAGCACACAAUCUUCAAACAUCACAUGAAGUAUGGGAAAAGACAUUAGAGAUGAUUGGUCUUCCUUCGGAUGCCGUGGAGAAGUUUCUAGAGGGAGAGGAAGUUAAAUGUCGUUACGGACAAGAACAACAAUGAUGAAACCAAAACACGCGAUUAACACAAGUAUAACCCUACAUACUCACCCUUAAUGAAGGACACUUUCAAUAUAGGGGUAAAGUUCAUAAUUUUUUCAACAAGAUUGAUAUGCCUUGUAAUGCCUAACAUUUCCUUAGUAGGGGGAAAAUUUCCAAAUCUAAAAAGUUUAUGUGCAUUAAUUUUAUUUUAAUCUUAUUUAUACACAUAAACAAGUGUUUUUGACCUUAAAUUAGUACUAUACUGUAUUUGUAUUUUGACCUUUGUAAUAAGGUGAAAUUGACUGCUAAACACGUAGAGGGUUCUAUCUUACAA